CGCUUAAACAAACAGUGACAGUAGCUGGCCAUGUGAAUGUAACUAGAACCCAAGAUCAACGGGAAACGGAGAUCACCAGGGUCAACAGAUUAAAGUCCUUUGUAGAGAUCUAAUACGAUUUUAAUCUUCGGUUUUAGUUUCGGAUGUGUUGAAUUAAUCAGCGGGGAUUAAGUGCUGAUCGGUGAAACUCGGGGAACAGUUUAAAAACAGGCGCGCAGUUAAAGGAAACAUCUGAAACUAAAUUACUAAUGAGCUCAUAAAAGAAGACGGGGUGGGUUUUUUGUGGCGUUUUUUUUUUUUUUUUUUUUUUUAUCUCCCCCCCUCGGAGGAUCUGUUGUCCAGGAUGAGCAAAUGUGUGAUCGGUGUUUAGAUUAGUGGUUAGGGUUCCGAACCUGUCGGCUUUACGCGGUGACCUGCGAGAGUCAUCAAGCAACUUCUCUUAGAUUCGCUCCAAGCCUGGUGCGAUCAUGCUUCAAAAUGGUAACGGGAAGGAAAAACCGCCGCAGUCAACAAAGACCGAUGGAACCGAGUCGGAACCUUCAGCUGCCAACCCGAAACAGCAGCAGCAGCAGCCGCCAGCUGCGCUCCCGGCCGAGGACACCGGCUCCACUCACUUCCCCAUGCCCGCUUAUCCCAAACUGGACAUAAAGCGCAACGCAGUGACUGACGACUACAAGAUUUCCACUCAGGUUCUGGGCUUGGGGAUCAACGGCAAGGUUCUGGAGUGCUUCAACAAGAAGACCGGGGAGAAGUGCGCUCUGAAGAUUCUCUACGACAGUCCCAAAGCCAGACGGGAGGUGGAGCUCCACUGGCGAGUGUCUGGUGGGCCGUACAUCGUUCGCAUCCUGAGCCUCUACGAGAACAUGCACCACGGGAAGAAAUGCCUGCUCAUCAUCAUGGAGUGUAUGGAAGGAGGAGAGCUGUUCAGCAGAAUCCAGGCCAGAGGAGACCAGGCCUUCACUGAAAAAGAGGCGUCUGAGAUCAUGAGGGACAUUGGGACUGCCAUCUCGUUUCUCCACAACAUCGACAUUGCCCACAGAGACAUCAAGCCGGAGAACCUGCUGUAUACCACUAAAGGCAAAAAAGCGGUGCUGAAGCUGACAGACUUUGGCUUUGCGAAAGAGACGACGUUACAUAACCCCCUGCAGACGCCCUGCUACACACCGUACUAUGUGGCUCCUGAGGUUUUGGGUCCGGAGAAGUAUGACAAGUCAUGUGACAUGUGGUCUCUGGGCGUCAUCAUGUACAUCCUGUUGUGCGGCUACCCUCCUUUCUACUCCAACACCGGCCAAGCUAUUUCUCCCGGGAUGAAGAGGAGGAUCAGGAUGGGCCAGUACGAGUUCCCUGAUCUGGAGUGGUCCGACGUGUCGCAGGAAGCUAAAGAUCUGAUCCAACAGCUACUGAAGACGGACCCGAACGAGAGAAUGACCAUCACUCAGUUCACCAACCACCCCUGGAUCAACCAGUCCAUGAUGGUUCCCUCCACUCCGCUCCACACCACUCGGGUCCUGAACGAAGAAAAGGAGCUGUGGGAGGACGUGAAGGAGGAGAUGACCAGCGCCUUGGCGACCAUGCGCGUGGACUACGACCAGGUGAAGAUCAAGGACCUCGACACAUCCAGCAACCCUCUCCUCAACAAGAGGCGCAAGAAGGCGGCGGCGGGGGGGAAGGGCGGCUCCACCGUCUGCCAGAGCCAGUGAGACGACGAGGAAACUCUGUGGAGAGUCCUGACCGAACAGCGUCAGCCGAGGAAGAGGAGCAGCUUCGGACAUGGAGUUAGGAAGCGCCAGAUGGCGUUACUCAGACGGCCGGUCUGAACCUCCGAGACUGGAAGUUGAAAUGCACUCUGGGAAGAGGGAGAAUUAAAGCUGGACAUUCGUUCCUGUCAGUGGUAGAAACCGACAGCUCUGCUCGUUGUUGGUUUGUCUGUGUUGAUUAUUUUUAUUCGUGGAUUUUUUUUUUUUUGUAGCGCUAGGUUGUUCAUAAGUGUCUGUGUGCAGACACGACGCAUCCGUGGUGAUAUUUUUGUGAAUGCCUAAAAUCUCCUUUGGAGCUAUUGUGAAGAUCACAAAGAAACAAAUUGCACACAGAGAGAAAGAGAGACUGUGAAGCACUCCUCGUUGCCUGUGUUGUCUUAACUUUGUCUUUUGCUGCUUUCCUUUCAGAAUUAAAGCCCAGUCUCCCGCCGACUGUCCCGUUAUUAAAAUGUAGCCUCCGUAUCCACCUACAGUUCCAUCCGAAGAAAUAUUUUUCACUGAAGCAGAAAUAAACAUACCGUCAUGUUCA